GAGGCCUCUAAGGAGGGCGCCAGCGCGGCGGUGGACCUGAGCACCACAACCACAGGGACGCCGGGGGAUCUGACCGCCACGGGCAGCAGCGCGCUGCUCUCGCCGGAGGGGCCACCGGCAGCCGCCCGCGGCGCGCAGCGCCUGGGGCCGGCCGCGGAGGCCUACAUGGAGGAGCAGAGGCGCCGCGGGCGCCGGCUGGGCCACGCCCGCGAGGGCCCCAGCGAGCCGUCGAGCGCAGGCGACCCGAGGGCCGCGUUGGACGAGGACCCCGAGAGGGAGAGGUUCCUCGCGCACCUGAGCGCACUGGACGCCGGGCCCCGGUGGACCUGGGCGCUGGAAGAGGGCCGCGGCCCUUCCAGGCCAAGGCCCCCGCCGCCGCCGGAGCAGAGGGGGGGCAGCCCAGGCGGGUGCUCUGCGGAGCCGCCGGGGGCGCCUGGCGCGCCGCCGCCGACCGCGCUGGACGAGGACCUUGAGAGGCAGAGGGCUCUCGACGAGGACAUGGCCGCGCUGGAGGCCGUCCUCCAGAACCUCAACAGCUCGAGGUGCUCCGAGCCCGCGGGCGACGCGAGGGCCAGCACGGCGCCGCUACGAGCCGCGCCCGCGCGCCUCCCGGACAGCACGGUGGGCGCGGGCGAGCCGCAGCAGGACGCGCCGCCCAGCCCGCAGGCCUCGGUCCUCGGCGGGGGCGCGCCCCUCAUCGGGGCGCUGAGCACGGCGGAGCGGCUGCUCGCGGACCUCCGGGCGGCCAGCCGCGGGCGGCCGCCGCCGCACGAGCGGCGACCGCCGAGCGGGCAGCGCCGGGCGAAGCGCCCCGGCGGCGAGGCGGCCGAGCAGGCGCCGUGCCUCUCCGACUACCUCAGCCUGGAGGCGAGGGGCUCGUGCUCGAGCCUGCCCGCUGCCGCUCCCGAGCGGCCGUCCCUGUCGCGCUCUGCCAGCAGCAGCCUGCAGGGGGGCCAGCGCAAGCGCGCGGCCAGGGGUCUGGACCCGCUCAUGUUCGGGUCCGCCGCGGGCCUCCCGCGCGGGCUCCGCGCGGCCGCGGCCCCUGCGGGCGGGGCGCUGGCCGGGUGCCUGUCGCUGUACCAGGAGGUGUGCGAGAGAGUGUACGACAGCCUGCACAUCACCCCGCCCUCGUGGCCGGCCGCGCGCCCGACCCGGCCAGCUCCAGCGCCGCCGCCGCGCCGCCGCGCAGGAAGCCGACCCGUACCUGCAGGACCUCGCCGCGUGGUGCCGCGCCGCCCCCGGGCCCGCCGCCGGAGGCGGAGAGGGCACCGGGGGCGCGGGCCGCGGGGCCGCGGCGGAGCUGUGCCGGCGGCGGCGCCGCAGGAGACGGCCCCCUCGCCUUCGACCCUUCCACGGCCGCCUGCGGGGACUUCCUGGGCCCUCGCGCUGAGCGGGCCCUCUGCGAGCACUACGGCGUGGAGGCGCCCCGGCGGCGCCUGGACCCGCCCGCGCCGCGGCGGCGCCGCUGACGCGCGAAUGUUGUGGGCGCCCGGCGCGGCGGGGCGGCGCUGGCGGGUCUCGGGGCCAGCGGCGCAGGGACGUGCGCGGCGACCUCGAGGGAGAGGGGCGGCGAGCGCCGUCCGCCAGUACUGA